CGACUGGAUGUGGAUGCAUUUGGCACUGCACGAUGCUUCCGCGGUAUCGGCGAUCCUUCUAUCCGAGGCUGGCCCUGAUUGCGAUAGUUCUGGUGUGCAUCCUGAUCUUCACCAAGACGAUAAACAAAAGCACAGAUCCGCCGAGCGAGUCAGAGGGGCUGUCUCUUAGUAAUGCGGUGGUCGAUGUUUCGCUGAGGAAGAAGUGGAGUCCGCUGGAGCGGAUGGUGUUGGCGGAUCUAGCGAAGCAACGACCUGGAUUGGGAGACGAUGGCAAAAGUGUCAUUCUCGAGGGCGAGGAAAAGGUCAGGGGUGAAGCCAAGUUGCAGACGAUUGCGCUGAACGAGGAACUGAGCGAGCAUCUCAGCUACAACCGGACCACCCCGGACGCGCGAAACCCCCUGUGCAGAACCAUAACUUUCGACCGAGCCAGUCUACCCACCGCGAGCGUAGUGAUCAUCUUCUACAACGAGCCAUACUCGGUGCUGGUUCGGACCGUUCACAGUGUACUCAACACCGCCGACCGCCAGGUAUUGAAGGAGAUCAUUCUCGUGGAUGACGGCAGCUCCAACGUCGAGCUCCACGAAAAGCUGGACUACUACUUAGCCACGAGACUGCCGCAAGACGCAGUCAAGACGGUCCGCUUGAAGAACAGACUCGGUCUUAUUCGCGCUCGUUUGGCUGGAGCUCGAAUAGCACGAGGUGAAGUACUGGUAUUCCUUGAUGCCCAUUGCGAAUGUGUAGUUGAUUGGCUUGAGCCACUUUUAGCACGCAUUCAAGAAUCUCGAACUAGUGUCCUGGUGCCUAUAAUCGAUGUAAUUGACGCCAAGGACUUCCAGUAUAGCGCAAAUGGCUAUCAACAUUUUCAAGUCGGUGGCUUUUCAUGGAAUGGGCAUUUCGACUGGAUCGAUGUUCCGAAGAGGGAGCGUGAAAGACAGCGCCAAGAUUGCAAGGUACCAACGGAAAUCUGUCCUACCUACAGUCCAACUAUGGCAGGAGGAUUAUUCGCUAUUUCUCGUGAUUAUUUCUGGGAAAUUGGAAGUUAUGAUGAACAGAUGGACGGAUGGGGCGGCGAAAAUUUAGAAAUGUCGUUCCGUAUUUGGCAAUGUGGGGGUACAAUUGAGACCAUUCCAUGCUCUAGAGUUGGGCACAUAUUCAGGGAUUUUCAUCCUUAUAGUUUUCCAGAUGAUCGUGAUACUCAUGGUAUUAAUACAGUUCGGAUGGCUUUGGUUUGGAUGGACGAUUAUAUUGAAUUGUUUUACAUGAACCGACCGGACCUGAAGAAUAAUGUUGAUGUCGGGGAUGUCACGCAUCGUCGUAUUUUACGAAAUAAGUUAAAGUGUAAAAAUUUUGAUUGGUACUUAAAAAAUAUUUACCCGGAGAAGUUUAUACCUACGAAAGAUAUGAUAGGAUAUGGAAGAUUCGUCUCCCUAGCAAGCGAUUUAUGUUUCGACGAUCUCCAGCAGAACAACGAGGAACCUUACAAUCUUGGUCUAUACACUUGUCAAAAGUCGGACGUGACCAAGUCGCAAUUCUUCUCCUUAACUCGCGACGGUGUCCUUCGGAAUGAAUUAAGCUGUGCAACAGUGCAACGAAGCAGUUCGACUCCGUUCCUUGUAGUGAUGGCUCCUUGUCAGGCGAAUAACAAACAUAAUGAAAAAUGGGAAUAUUUCCGCGGGCAGCUACGCCAUAUCGACACAGGGUUGUGCAUAGAACAGAAAGGAUUAAGGUCACACGACUUUGUCGUAGUGGACGUUUGUGAAGACGAUACAUUAUCGCAGAAGUGGCGAAUCGAACAUUAGUUGAUUUGAAUAAACAUAGUCAGUUCUCGCGUUAAGGGUUGGCUGUUUCAAAUAAAAGUUGUAUACAAUUUUCCCAGAUUAUAUCUGCUCCCACGCAUCACAUAUUUUAUGCUUAGAGUUAAUAUUUGUUAUCAUUCACAAGAAACCCAACGUCCUUUAAGGUGUCUUCAAAAGGGAGCCUUGGGUACGCUGAGUUUUUCUUCCGCUUCUAACAAAGUUUAUCAGAAUGAAUUUUCGAUUAAUAUAUCACAAAUGCCAACAAAAAAUUAAUCGCUUUAAAUGUACAUAAGUGUAAAAUCACCUCACUACUAAUAUAGCGCUAAGGUAAAGUCAUAUUGAUCCUUUUUUGAAGUUUUACAUAUUUAAAUACUGAAGGAGAAACUGCUGCGAUAAGAUUAAUACUUUUUACGUCCUUUUCUAAGGUUUUUUUAUUAUUAUUGUUAAUAUGUGGACACAUGUGUAAUCUCAUACUCAAACAAGGUACAUCAACAAUUGUAAAUGCAACUCGACAAAUUUAUUACUGACAAACAUGGAAGACGAUGGGUCGUUGACUAUUUUAUUAUAUAUCUAUAUAUCAGUGUAUAUGUAUUUGAAAACACGAGAGGAAAACCUGCCAUUGUACUAUUGUAAGUCAUUUUUAUACUGUAAAAAAGAUUUUUAAAAUUUAAUAUAUUUUUAUAUAUUACUAAGAA